AUGUUCCGUCAACUUGCCCUCGCUGCCGGUCUGGCCUCUGUUGCCUCCGCAAGACUCGACAAGCCUAUCAUCAACCCGACAUUCCCUGGUGGUGGUCUCGACAGCUUGGCGCAGGGCCUUCUUGACCAUUUGGCUCCUACACAGUCUACUCACGACAACUGGGGCGCUGGCUAUAUCCCCGAAGACUGCAAGAACCUCGCCAAGAGCAACGGCUUCUCUCCGUUCGACAUCACCCCUUUCAACAUCCACUACUCCGACUGCAACGAUGUCUGGAUCUUUUGCAGACACAAGGACUCCCCGCUCAGCCAAAUUGAUAUGAUUGACCUGUUUGGCCGCAUGCCCGUUCACAUGCGCGAGUACAUUCGCCAUGUCAUUGCUCUUCCGGGCAACAAAUCGGCAGGCAGCUCUGGUGACAACAUCCAAAUGAACGGCGCUGUUGGCAUAACUGUGUUCGUCCACGAGACCGGUCACUCGCUUGAUUCGCACGGAUUCGACCCCAAAUACGGUGUGCCCUUUUCCAACUCCAAGACUUGGUUGGACAACUACAACAUGGACACGGCUGUCUGCGACAGCUACGCCCAGAGCAGCCAGCAGGAGAACCUGGCACAGGAGACUGUCGUUGGGCUCUACGAUAAGGUUGUUCCUGGCGGUGUUGGCAAUAUCCAGCCAAACUGGAAGGCUAUCUUCCACCAGUAUGCCACGGUGCAGGGCUACCUCGGCGAUAUUCUCACUCCUGGAGGUACUUGCAGACACCGUCUUGCCAACAGCAAGCCUGUCCCUAUGGGUGACUCUGCCAAAUUCCGUCGCGACUUGGGCCCGGCGCCAGAUGUUUCUCUGAGCAGUGAUGUCAUUGAAAUUGAGUCCAUCCCCAUGGGCAGCUCCAUCCGCAUUACUGAGUUUGACGAGGCUGGCAACCCGAUUGGCUCCAAGAAUGUUUCUCUGGUUAUGUAA